ACUGUUUGAGAUCUGUUGAGUGGUGUACUUCGCAUAAAUAAUACAGAAAAUUGAAGAAGCGACUUUGGGACGUAGCUUCGUCGUGCGUCAUCGUUGUGUAUCUGUGGCGUUUGAAGGAAAGUCAACGAGAGAGGAGCAACAACACGACGAUGUUGAACCAGGCGGUGGUCGAAGCUCUGUACUCGGCAACGUACAUUGAAAACUACCUGGAUUGUGUGGAAAAUCUACCGAACGACUUGCAAAGAUAUGUCUCCCGUCUACGCGAGCUAGACGCUACAUGUCAAACAUAUCUACGUGAAGUAGAUCAACAGCAAGAAAUAUUGCGCAGUGAUUCAGACAUGGCAGCUAAGAGAAGAGCAUUGAUGAGAAUACAACAAGCUCUGAUUGCAGCGCAAGAAAUUGGUGAUGAAAAGUUAAACAUUGUUCAACAAGUACAAGACCUCAUAGAAAAUAAGGCCAAACAGUUGGAGUUAGAUUAUCAAAAUUUAGAUUUUGGUAAAGAACAAGAAUGUUCCGAGUCUGCCCGUGAAUCAAAUAUCAGUAGCAAUACAAAUAGUGCGAGUCACGCAAAUAGCACAGAACGUCAACCAAAGCGUGCCAGAAGAACAAGAACUGAAACUUUGAUGGAGUCGGCACAUUCUAUGGACAUGUUAGUUAUGACAGAGACAAGAUCUUCAGCAUUGCCCAGCACAAGCAAUGGUAAUCAAAAGAAGACUACUGCAGCUGCUACUGGUAAGAAGAAGAAAAGAAAAUCUCGGCAAGGCAAUCAGCAGAAUCAGCAUCGUGAGGACACACCGCCACCACCGGAGGAUGAUCUCGCUAUCGAUCCUGAUGAACCCACUUAUUGUUUGUGUGACCAAAUAUCUUAUGGAGAGAUGAUUCUCUGUGACAAUGAUCUAUGUCCUAUAGAAUGGUUCCACUUCUCUUGCGUCUCAUUGACCACAAAGCCUAAGGGUAAAUGGUUUUGUCCCAAAUGUCGUGGUGAUCGGCCUAAUGUCAUGAAACCAAAAGCGCAAUUCCUCAAGGAGCUGGAAAGGUACAAUAAGGAGAAAGAGGAAAAGUCGUAGCAGGAGGAAAAUGCAGAAAAGUUUAGAAGUUUCGGCAAAGUUAAUUGGACUUGAUUCAGAAAAAUUUCUUCAGAGAAUAGAAAUUUUGAUCUUAAAACUGUGAAUUAAAAUUUCAUAUUCUAUUGAAAUCUCGGCUUAUUGAUACAUAUAUGUACAUGUUUCUGUAAAACUCAUGUGACAAAGUCAAUCAGCCACUGAAGGAUGAUGAUAUUGAUUAUUAAAAGCGCCAUCAUUACUCUUUUAACUGUAAAAACAUAAACAUCUCAUGUUUCUAAGUCGUAGGUAAUAAUUGAUUGUAUAUUACACAUUAUUGUACAUACGACAUAAUAUUAAACUGGGUCAUAGAUUUUAUUUUGAACAUGCUUCCAAUGUCGAUAUUGACCAAUGCUGGUUUAAUAUUUUCAUUGGUUUGACAUUAAUCAUUAUAGAGAUACUAAAUAAAAUAAUUCAUAUGUGUUGAGUACACAAUGUAAGUUUAUUUUCAUGUUCAAUGUUGGUUUCAUUAAAAAUGAAAGAGAA